CUGCGGGGCAGUGCAGGGGCUCUCGGGACUUGCGUGCAGCCCCAUCUCCCUGACUAUUUCACCACCAUGCUCUCCGUCCGCGUCCCGCUCGCCACCAUCGCUGACCCGCAGCAGCAGCAGCUCUCGCCCCUGAAGGGGCUUAGCCUAGCGGACAAGGAGAACACUCCCCCUUCCCUCAGCGGGACCCGCGUGCUGGCCAGCAAGACCGCGAGGAGGAUCUUCCAGGAGCCCUCCGAGCCGAAUCCUAAGCUAUCUGCCCCCAGUGUGGGGGACGAACCACUUCUGAGAGAAAACCCCCGCCGCUUUGUCGUCUUUCCUAUCGAAUACCAUGAUAUUUGGCAGAUGUAUAAGAAAGCUGAGGCUUCCUUUUGGACAGCUGAGGAGGUGGACCUUUCCAAGGACAUUCAGCACUGGGAAGCCCUGAAGCCUGAGGAGAGAUAUUUUAUUUCCCAUGUGCUGGCUUUCUUUGCAGCAAGUGAUGGCAUAGUAAAUGAAAACUUGGUGGAGCGGUUUAGCCAAGAAGUUCAGAUUACCGAGGCCCGUUGUUUCUAUGGCUUCCAAAUUGCCAUGGAAAACAUACAUUCUGAAAUGUAUAGUCUCCUCAUUGACACUUACAUUAAAGAUUCCAAAGAAAGGGAAUUUCUCUUCAACGCCAUUGAGACGAUGCCUUGUGUGAAGAAGAAGGCAGAUUGGGCCCUGCGCUGGAUUGGGGACAAAGAAGCUACAUAUGGAGAACGUGUGGUAGCCUUUGCUGCAGUGGAAGGCAUCUUCUUUUCCGGUUCUUUUGCGUCGAUAUUCUGGCUCAAGAAACGAGGACUGAUGCCUGGCCUCACGUUUUCCAAUGAACUUAUUAGCAGAGAUGAGGGUUUGCAUUGUGACUUUGCCUGCCUGAUGUUCAAACACCUGUUGCACAAACCUUCGGAACAGAGAGUAAAAGAAAUAAUCGUCAAUGCAGUUAGGAUAGAACAGGAGUUCCUCACGGAGGCCCUGCCUGUGAAGCUCAUUGGGAUGAAUUGCACUUUGAUGAAGCAGUACAUUGAGUUCGUGGCAGAUAGACUUAUGCUGGAGCUGGGCUUUAGCAAGGUUUUCAGAGUAGAAAAUCCAUUUGACUUUAUGGAAAAUAUUUCACUGGAGGGGAAGACUAACUUCUUUGAGAAGAGAGUAGGCGAGUAUCAGAGGAUGGGAGUGAUGUCAAGUCCGACAGAGAAUUCCUUUACCUUGGAUGCCGACUUCUAAGUGACCUGAAGACGUGCUCUUACCUUGCUGAUUUUUUUUUUUUCCUUCUCAUCAAAAAAGAAAAAAAUCAGCUACUUGAACCAUAUCAACGAGCUACACCAUGAACUGUCCAUCAUGUUCACUAAUGGCAUCUUUAGCACUGUGUAGCUACCUCAAAAUCAAUCCUGUUAAUGCUAGUGGGGUCACCUAGAUGGAAAGUAGGCAACAGCUACUCGGGUUCUUGAAUGAUCUUGUCCGUGUUUGGCUUUUGCAAGCAGGCUAGCUGAACAGGACUUACUUUGGGUCUUAACAGCUGCUUUCUUGGCCUCCAAGUGUAGGGACUCCAGCGAGUUUGAUCCUGAAAGAUUAAAGAGUAACCACCACAAGGAAUACAUCAGACUCACUGCUUCUGAGCAGAUUUUAAAGUUUACUUAUGAUUUGUAUAUAAAACUGGCACUUUACAUACAAAUAAACAAAGUUUGAACUGUCA